AGGCAAUCGCUAUUAUGAAGUCGUUUGUGGCUCUUCUCUGCUUGAUAAGUCUAACGUCAGCUUCGAGAUUUUCCCUUCGAGAGUUUACCUCUACGGGAACUUGCGAAGUUCAUAAUCCAUGCCAGAACGGCGGAACUUGUUGCGAUACCAAAGAAUGCGGUCUUGAACACUCUCAUUUCGGUUAUAAAUGUAUAUGCCCACCAAAACGUUUCGGAAGAAAUUGCGAAGAAUCUUGCGAUGCUCUUUUCCAAUGUACAGAUGAGAUGUUAGCUGAAGAAGAUAAUGAUAUCUGUAAGCAAAAAGCCUCAACAGCUCAGAAAUGCUUGCAAGACGGUUUGGCAGAGAAAAAGUUUUGCGAAUGUCCUGAAUACUUAAUAAAGAAGAUUGUAUACGCAGCAAAUGAUUUAGAAUCUCUUAGCAACGUUUGUGUACAACGAAGAUCUGAUGAAAGUAAAGGAUGUGAAGUCGAAUCAGUUACUCAAUGUGCAAUCCAAACUCAUUAUUUUAUUGUUGCUCUCCACCACUUCCGAGGCGAUUCGGAACGUCUUAAAAAAUAUGGUCGACAAACAAUUGAUUGCCGUAAAAAUAUCAUUGAUAACAAAGUUUCGCUCAAAGGAUGUUUACCGGAAGAGACGGCUUUCCUUUCCGAUAAGUUUGCUAAUUUGUUUGGUCGUUUAAUUCAUGCUGUUGUUGAAGAUUGUCCAGUUUUUGAUUUCUCGAGAAAAUGUGAAUCUUCAAAUGAUGAGGAAGCAGAAAUAGAUGAUGUUGAAGGACUAGAUCGCAAAAAGAGAUCUCUUCCGGCUUUGAGAAAUCUCAUUAGAAAGACAAUUGCAGAAAAUUCAUAUGAAAAUAGAUUAGAGAACCUUCUACGAAAGCUUCGAUCUGGUGCAGGAGAUCCUAACAAACCUACUGGACCUUCUGGACCUUCUGGACCUUCUGGACCCUCUGGACCUUCUGGACCUUCUGGACCUUCUGGACCCUCUGGACCUUCUGGACCCUCUGGACCAUCAGGACCAUCUGGACCUGGACAUCAUGGAACUAAAUUAAACAAACUCAGAACACUUCUUAGAGCAAUAGAAGAUGCCGAUAAACCACAUGGUCCAACUGGACCUUCUGGACCUUCUGGACCCUCUGGACCUUCUGGACCGUCAGGACCUUCGGGACCUUCGGGACCUUCGGGACCUUCGGGACCUUCGGGACCUUCGGGACCUUCGGGACCUGGACAUCAUGGAACUAAAUUAAACAAACUCAGAACACUUCUUAGAGCAAUAAAAGAUGCCGAUAAACCACAUGGUCCAACUGGACCUUCUGGACCAUCAGGACCUUCAGGACCAUCAGGACCUUCGGGACCAUCAGGACCUUCAGGACCAUCAGGACCUUCGGGACCAUCAGGACCUUCAGGACCAUCAGGACCUUCUGACAAUGAAAAAAAAUUAGAACAACUGAAGCAGCUUCUUAGAACAAUAGACGGCGAGCUGAAACCAACUGGUAAAGGAAAGCAUGGACCAACUGGUAAAGGAAAACAUGGACCAACUGGUAAAGGAAAACAUGGACCAACUGGUAAAGGAAAACAUGGACCAACUGGUAAAGGAAAACAUGGACCAACUGGUAAGAGAAGACACGGUAAACCAAGUGGACCAAGUGGACCAAGUGGACCAAGCGGUCCAAGCGGACCAAGUGGACCAAGCGGUCCAAGCGGACAUAAAAAUGGUCAAGAUUAUUUCGAUUGUAUGAAAACUAAAAUAGAGUCAUUCAAAGGAGAAAAUUGUGCUUCAGUAAAAAAUGCUGAAUUCUACAAUGCAGUCGAAUUUCAAAUUAAAUUGUCAAAGACAGUGGAAAGAGUCGAAGAUUCUUGCGAAGCCAGUACCGAAGAAGAUUCUGUUGAUGAUCUCUUAAAACGAAUCAUAAAUAAAGAACUGUUGAAGAAGAGAACCUGGUAGAUUUGAGUUUGUAGCUCCUCAUAAUAUUUAUCUAUGCAACUAAUCAGACAGAGGCUUAAUAAGUGUUUAUAACAAUGAAGCAUAAUGUUUUAUCUUGAAUAAAUGGCUAAUAAAAGAUACUAUGUGAAAUUUAUAUUGUAUUUCAUAAGCAAUAAAUACAUGACUACCUAGUUUA